AUCUGAGGCUCUCUCUCCUGAACUCUGUCAGUGUUUGAAUGCAGAGAGAAUCAAAAUGAUCCUGACUUUACAGCUGCUGCUCCUACUGACUUUGUCUUCAAGAACAGAUGGAUAUAACUGGUACAGAGCGACGGAAUGUGUCUUCAGUGAGGCUCUCACUGAUGUGGAAUACAUUGAUACCUAUUACUUUAAUAAGGAUGCAAUGUUGCGGUUUAACAGCACAGUGGGGAAGUUUGUAGGGUACACUGAGCUCGGAGUGAAGAAUGCAGAGCGCUUUAACAAAGGCCCUGAACUACAGCAGUAUAAAGCUCAGCGGGACGGAUACUGCACACCCAAUAUACAAAUAGACCACUCUCAUGUUCUGGUUAAAUCAGUCCCGCCGAAGGUUGAGGUCAUGUUAGAACAAGAGCAGGCCAGUGGUGGUGAUCCAGCCAUGCUGAUAUGCAAUGCGUACAACUUCUACCCUCCGGCUAUCAAUGUGUACUGGCUGAAGAAUGGUAAAAAGGUGACUGGUGAUAUUACCGUCACUGAGGAGAUGGCUGAUGGAGACUGGUACUACCAGUUCCACUCCCACCUGGAGUACACCCCCAAAUCUGGAGAGAAGAUCUCCUGUGUGGUGGAACACGUCAGCUCCGCAAAAGCCAUCCGCAUUGACUGGGAUCCUUCUCUUCCUGAGACUGACAGGAACAAGAUUGCUAUUGGAUCUUCAGGGCUGGUGCUGGGACUUGUCCUUUCAGCUGCUGGAUUCAUCUACUACAAGAAGAAAUCCACAGGACGGAUCCUGGUGCCAAGUUAAGGUCUCUGUGCUGGUGUAGAGGACUCUUCUCUCAUGCUAAACAGUGGAGUCUAUUAAACAGCUUUAAAAACCUGCAUACUUUUUAUAACUGUUUUGUUUCAAAGACUCUUACUUUAAUCAAAAGCCAGGUCAUCAUCAUAAUCUUUCACUGUAGUAAUCUUACAAAUUGUUGUUAUAAGAGGAACAGGUCUGAUGUGGUUAAAAUUAUUUUUGAAGUUAAUUCAUUGUUGUAGAUGUAGCUUAAAUGUUUGCUUAUUACAGAUCAUACUUAUUCAGAUCACAUAAUCUAAUUUAUGUUUAUUAGCAUACAUUGAAAAGUAGUCUAAAUGUUUAUACCAUAGAAUUUAAGAAUGACAUUUGCUGAGUGAAUCUUUUAGUUUCUUUAAUGUUUUUCUGUUGAAUUACACUUUUCCUUUGCUUUGUGGCUGCAUAUUAACAGACAAUCAUUCAACUACUAACAGAAUGUUGUUUUUAUCAUUGGUAUUUGGUAUGUAAAAACUCUCCUGAUUUCCUUUCAAUUUUACUGUGCAAAUAAACAUUUUAUAUUUA